CUUCGUAGCCCCCGUAGACCGCUCUUCGUUCGCAAAAAAAAAAACACACAAAAAUCGAAAUACGGUCAGUAAAUCAAUAUACAACAAUAUUAAACACAAGUUACCAAUUAACCUGCACACAAAGUGUUAAAUAAAAACCCGUUAGAUAAAAUUCAAGUAACAAGUAAAAUCAAGAAGCAAAUAAAACAGUAAUUGCAACAAUAACAAACCAUAAACAUGUGAUUUUCUGUUGUGCCACCAGCUGCUGUAUGUCCUCUGUGUACAAAGUGGACGCCAGGAUGCAUCGCAACAUCAUCAUCGAACUCAAUUUCAUCAGCAUCGCCGUUUAGCAGCAUUUAUGCACCAGCAGCUUAACAUACACCUGUACACAACACCAACAACUGAGGCAGAGCGGCAACGGCAUCGGCAGCGGAAACGACAUCAUCAGAGGCAACCAAACUAACUUAUAAAGUUGUGUCGACACUCGAAUCCGCCGAACAGCAUUGCCAUGCUCGGAGUCAACCAGUCGGAAUAGACGCACGGAGAGUCUCCUCAAACAGUAGAGACAGCAGCAGCCGCAGCAGCGACAACCACGAAGCCUCGUCGUCUGGGAGCGCCGUGGUGGGCGAUCUGUACUUUGGUUACGUUACGCUCUGCGUUAGUAAGCUUUUGACAGUUGACAACGCGAGACGCUUAACGCGCACGGUAGUUAAUAACGACGACGGCAACGCGUCGCCGCUGUCGACGCAGUCGUCGUUGAAAAAAAUGCAACGCACUAACAUCGAGUUUGAGCGUCAACGUCAUCUGGCCAAUUGGUUGGUGAAGAGCAGUCCUCACAUGGCAGCUGCAGCGGCGAGUGCAGCGCAGCCACCCACAGCAGCGGGAGCAAUUGGCAGUACUGGAGCGUCGACAGCAGCGGUAGCUGUGAUUGGAGCAGGGGGUGUGGCAGCUGCUGCGCAAAUAGCGCCCGGCAACAGCGCUGUAGCCUGUAAUGGUGCCCCACCUGGUGCACAUCACGGGCCAUUGGCGAUGGCUGCUGCCACGGCUGCUGUUGAGGCGCGCAAGCCCAAGUUGCGUCGCUUUAACUCCCACGACACCAGCUCCAACAUGUUCUCUGUCGCCGACUUUGAGAACGCGCGUCUGGCGCGCCGCAACGAGAUCGAGCUGAAGCAGCGUCUGGCGCGACGCCAGCGCAAUAGCGCCAAUGGUAGCUAUGGCUUGGGCAGUGGUGGCGGUGGCGGUGGCGAUGUCGUCACUUCUGCAACUGGUGGUGGCCUCACAGCCAGCAAUGGCCAUGGCGGCUACACGGGUUUCUGUGGCGGACUCAAUGGCAGCGGCGACUACUCCACCGGCGACAGCAAGACCUCCAAAGGCAGCGGCAGAAGAGAGGAACCUCUGCCCGCUGAUGUAUUCCUUGAGCGGUAUCCGUUGCCUCGCGUUGCACGCUUUUUGUAUCCCAGUAAGAACUCAAACGAGACGCUCCAAUCGAGUUCGUCGCACGGCUCCUCGACGGCCGCAUCAAGCAGCUCCUCGGGGGGUCUUAAGGCGUCGCACAGCACCAGCAAUGGCAACAGCAACGACGCCAACACUGGCACCACAUCAUCGUCCAGCGGCAGCAGUGGAAAUCAUCAACAGCAGCAACUCCACAAUAGCAGCAUCAACACUCUGGGGUUCAGUGAUGAAGUCUUUCUGCUAUAUAGGCUGGUGCGACAGCGCGAUAUCUAUCAUGGAUACAAUGCCAAGUUGCAGGCGUCGCAGCGCAAGAAAACUGUUCUCAUACCGCAGGAGUUUCCAGGUUAUUUCUCACUGCUGAACGAGAAGGGGCUGCCAACGGCCACACAAUAUGGCUCGCUCAUGCAACUGGUGCGAGAGCGUGUUUACAAGUUUGCCUCGGUGGAUAACAUGCCGGCGUUUAGCGAAUCAUCACCCAAUGCAGCCAGCAAUAGUCCCAGUCAUGAGGGCUGCCUGCCCACCAAGAAUCGGCCACAGUAUGUGAAGACAACGGCACGAGGCGGACAGGUAUUCCGGCUGUUGGCCGUCUUCGAGGAUGGCAAGCAGGAGCAUGGUCAGAAUGGCCACAGUCACAGUCAAUCGAAUAGUCUCAGCAAUUGCAAGCCGCACUUGGCAAGCGGCGGCGGUUACAUGGGACGCGACAAGGAGAGUCGCUACGCUCAGCUGUUGAACGAACAGCGACAAGUGCUGUAUGUGCCACUCUCCACCAAGGGCAAGUUCUAUGAAAUUGAGCCGGGCAUACCGCAGCUGCUGCAGAAACUGGGUGACACGCAACGCAAACUGAAUCCAGAGUGUGUACAUCGCUUGGGUGCUCUUGUCUCGGCGGCCAAGCAGUUGCCACUGAUGUUGCGCUACAUUUCGGGACCCGCCGGCACCGAGAUACCCGAGCAGCUGUGCAUCAGUCAUGUAAGCAAGGAGGAUGUGGUCAUUGGCUGUCCCAUUGACGAACAGUAUGCUCACAGCUCAACACCACCUUCGGCCGCACAGCCGCCGUUGCAAUUGCGCAAAUUGUAUUGGAGCAGUGAUAUGCAGUUGGUAAAAUGCCUGCUGGGAUUCGUAUCAGAUCAGCGUAUGCUGGCCAAUGGAUAUGUGCAGAGUUUGCUCAAGUUUUGUCAAUUCAAUUGUGAUCAGUUUCUAAAACUGGUGGAGGUUGAGUUGCUGCAACGCAGCGAACGAUCCGGCAGUAAAACCCGUGAAGGUCUCAAGAUCCUCAAGCCGUUGCAUUUGCCGAAGCUGUUGCGGCGCGAGAAGAGCAGUAUGGCGGCAAUAACGAAUACGUCGGCCCAUGAGAAGGAGGACUCAAUCAUAUUUCUUAGCAAAACCGAUCUGGAGCAACUCGAAGCCAAAGAGGCGGCAGCAGCUGCUGCAGCCGCAGCGGCAACGCUCAACAGCAGCAAUGAAACCUCAACGCAGGGCACAAAUCGCAUCACCGAGCGCAUGAAGGUCUUUCAAUCCACCAAAAAGAAGUGGUUUCGCAAGCAACAACAACAUCAGCAGCAGCAACAACAGCAGGAGGAUAAAUCUUGUGUUGCGGAACUGCAAAUGGAUGUGCAGGCGAAGCGCAUGAGCAUGGAGCGUUAUACGGACAUGUCCAAGUUGUUGCAGGAGCGUUUUGGCAAUGUCGACAAUGAGACAUCCAUUGCCACAGUCCACGCGGACACACAGUCGCUACACAGCGAGACGGAAACGACAACGUUAACCACCAGCAUUGACCACAGCUCCAUGCCCAAGUCGUUGGACACUCUGCUGCAAAAGUCAAUGUCGCUGCAGGACAUUGAGCUCUUGAAUGGACAGCGACAGCAGCGUCCCGAUCUUCUUUCGGCACAUAAUGCGGCUGGCAAUGCGGAUGCCAUUAGUGAGGCAGGCACCGAGCUGGAAGAUGUGGAGAAUCAAACGCCACCGCCGCAAUCAUUCAUCACCGAAAAGCUGUACAAUGAGUUCCAUGUAAAGACCAGACAAUACAGCAAAUCGUCGAGCAGCCUGCAUCAGUUGCGACACUUUUCGCUGCCGCAGAAGAUGCAGCUGCAUGAAACGGAACGUGAACGUCGCAGUCUGGCGCAAUUUAAGGCCGAGCAGCAGCAGCUGGCCAAGGAGCCUAUCACUGGACGACGUGCUGCUGGUGGCGUCUCAUUACUGGGUGGUUUGGUGGCUUUGUCGCCAGCUGCAUUGCUGUCGCCCACCUCUCUGGUGGAGGAUGAUUUGCCCUACUCGAAUGUGCGCGAUUCUCUGGUGUUGUCCAGCCUGGGCAGUGUCCCCGCUUCGGCAGCACCUCAAGCAACUGUCGCACCCAUUGCUGUCGACUACACCAAGGAGAAUAUCUAUGCGGAGAUUUGCGCCUCACACACAUGUGACACUUUCUCGGGCGUUACGCAGCUGACGCAGCUGCCACAACACGACGAGGGAGACGACAAUGUGGACGAUGAUGAUGAUGAUGGUGACUAUGCCUCGCUGAAGUAUCAGCCGAAUGGACCACAGUCUGUUAGUCGCGUGGAAAUCAACUGCACGCCCGCCACAAGCGCCAUUAGCUACCACACGGUUUAUCUGGGCGAGGAACCGCUUGGCGAGCGUCAUGCGACUGCGGGAGCUCAGCAUGUGACUACAGUGGAGCUGGCUGGCGAGGAUAACAUAUACAAUACGCUCAAAUGAUGAUUUAUGUGAUUUCGGCAUCGACAUCGAUUAGCCGGCGCCAAGGGUCUAUUCUGAAUGUGAAGGACAAUGCGAAUAGAAAAUAGAUGAUACACAAUCUGAUGCAGAAACCGUAAUAGAACCGAAAGAAACCGAUGCAGAUGCAAACAUGCUUCUAUAUCUACAUGUAUUUUACUUUUAAUCAUCCCUAACUUUGUAAGGGAAACGCGAACAAAAUUGAAACUAACUAACAUUUCUAUAUAAAACUUAUGAACUCUUAUGAAAAGCAAGAAAAACCAAACGUAGAAUGAGUUAAGCACUGAAAACUUCAAUACGGAUAGAAUUCACUUUUACAAUAUAAAAAUGAUUUAAAAACAGUUGUACCAAGUGAAAAUUCCGCACUCAACAAUUCAAUUCAACAUGUAUUCGAUAUUACUACAUGAAAGUGAAAAUGCAAAACAUAGUAAUAUUUAUUUCAUUUGCAAAUUUUGUAUUUGUGUUGUAUUUAAACUGAAAACCCGAAACAUAUAUUAAUUUUAUAGACUGUAGUUGUAACACACGAAGAAAACAAAACAAACAUUGUACAUGGAAAGCACGAUCGUUAGUGCGACUCGAAAUUUCCUCUACUCUAGGAACGCUCUAUAAGCAAGCUCCCUCUCAAAAAAAUGACAACUCAAAUUGUAAUAUUAAAUGAUAACAAAGUGAAGACAAGCAAUUUGUAUUGUAUAUAGGCUUAGCACACACCACACACAAACAUACCACACACACUUAUAUUUAUAUAUUCGCAUAUAAUUCAUGAAACUGAAUAUUUGAAAUAUUUGCAAUAUUAUACAAUUGUAUACAUAAUAACUUACAUAUACAUAUUUACCUAGACAUAUAAUAUGAUAAUACAUCUCUAUCUCUAAAUAUGAAGUUUAGAAAUCUUAGCGCAAACCUAAGGUAUUACUAGCUUGUAGGCAAUCAACAACAAGUCAAAUCAAAUCUUAAACGAUAGAUAUAUAUAUACAAAAAUAUAUAUAGUAAUACACACAUGUAUAUCUAGAUCAUAAGACAUAAACAUACUUACAUCUAUAGAAUCUAUGACAUAAUGUAAAAUAGCUUGAAAUCUAUGGACUAACAAUUGUGGUCCACUUUUACACGAUCUCUCGUAUUUGUCGCUCUGUUUAAUACUGUAUACUAUAUACAAUAUAUAUACAUAUAUUUUUUU